GAUAGAGAAACAGAAUAAUAAAAAAAAAGUUAAAUGAAAGGCUCAAUAAGUAGUGAAAUUUCACUGUAAAGUCUGAUUUAUUUUGAUUUUUUCUAUUCUAAUUUAAAUGGCUUUAACUGUUCAAUCCGGUCGAGUUUAGUGUCAUCGCAAUACGGAAAAAGUUUUUUCUCAUUUCCAUUAAAAACAAAUAAUCCAUGGCUGAACGUGUACACCAGCAUGAAGAAAUUGCAAGUCUUCCACAUCCAUUUGUCGAAGAAAUUGACUUUAAUGAAAUCAGACAGUUAGAGGUCGUCGGAAAAGGAUCAUUUGGAACGGUGUACAAAGCAGUCUGGCGAGAAAAAUAUGUCGCAGUCAAAUACAUUGAACAGGAGUCCGAAAGGAAUGCAUUUACCAUUGAAGUACGUCAACUAUCCAGAGUUGCGCAUCCGAAUAUCGUAGCGCUGUUCGGAGCGUGUACGAAACGACCGCACGUGUGUCUUGUUAUGGAAUAUGCCGAGGGUGGUUCACUGUACAAUGUGUUGCAUUGCAAUCCGAAACCGUAUUAUACAGCCGCUCAUGCAAUGAGCUGGGCGAGACAGUGUGCCGAAGGUGUAGCUUACUUGCAUGCAAUGCGCCCGAAACCGCUGAUACAUCGCGAUUUGAAACCGCCAAACUUACUUCUUAUUAACGGUGGACGAAUGUUGAAGAUAUGUGAUUUUGGCACCGUUACCGACAAAGCAACACUGAUGACUAAUAAUAAAGGCAGUGCUGCGUGGAUGGCACCGGAAGUAUUCGAAGGGUAUACGUACACCGAAAAAUGUGAUGUUUUCAGUUGGGGAAUCAUACUUUGGGAAGUGUUGUCACGCGAACAGCCCUUCAAAGAUAUCGAAUUUACAUUUAGCAUAAUGUGGAGUGUUCACAAAGGCCAACGUCCACCACUCAUUGAAGGAUGUCCAAAGCCAAUCGAAAUCUUGAUGACUACCUGCUGGGAUCCGAGCCCUGCUGCUAGGCCCUCAAUGGAAUUCGUCGUCAAUCAAAUGAACGAAUUGUGUCGCUUCUUUCCUGGGGCCGACCAGGUUUUGGAAUACGCAGACUACAGUGAUAGCGAAUAUUAUGAAGAAGACGAUUUAGACUCGAGCCAAAGUUUGUACGACAGCAAUCGGUCAGCUGAUCGUACACCAACAAAUCAUACCAAUCAAGUGCCUGAAAUACCACAACCAAAGUCGCGUCAGGAAGUUAACAAUUCGAUAAGACAGUUCACGAAGGAAAAUUCAACCAAUUCGCCUCGAUGGACGAGUACUGACGAAGACACCACGGAACAACGAAUUGUACCCGAACCAUUGAAAUUAGAAAAUUACCACCAGAACGGUCUAGUCAAAAGUAACUCGAUGCUGGAACCUCUUUCCUUGGAAGUUGAUGAUAAUGCAUGGGAAUUGGAUCCUGAACAGUUGCAGCAUCUCAUUGGAAAUAUGCCAAAUAGUCAAGGAAAUAAGAGGCUAACAGUUACGGAAAAUAGAUCGACAGCACCCACACCAGAAUCAUCUACCUCAAACGAGAAUCCGUCGGACAGUGAUGUGUCUAUAGACCUGGAGUCCAUACAUUUAUUACUGGAGCCGCAUUUAAGACCCACUACUCCAGAUCCAAACAAUUCUGCAUCGCAAAAGAUUUUCAAAGAACACAAUGAACUGGCAAAAGAAUAUUUAAGGAUACACUCGGAAAUCGUUUACGUCACUUGGAGUAAAAAUCAAUUGCUGGAUGCGAUGCCUGAGGAUCAGCGCCAGGAACGUUUAGAAUUCUCGAGAAGGCUGGAAGAGCGGGACAACUUAAAACAGUUUGAAGCCAAAUUGAAACGACAACUACAACUAAUUCGUACCGGUUCACGGCCACAGAAUGAACAGAGCUCCACAGAACCGAAGGGGGAAGGAUGGGUCUUAAAGCCAUCAUCGAAACCAUAACAUUCUGCUGUUGUCGACAGUCUUCCUUUUCUAUUGUUGUCCAGUUAUUGUCUUACCUGAGCAUAGUCAUUGGUUUUUAAUUUACAAUUUUUUUGGCGAACACUUUAGCUGCUCAGUGCUUAGACUCUAACGCGUAUUAAACUUAAUAUUUCAUAAGUAGUGUGGAUGUGCGUGUGUUGACUGACUGUACCAAAAAAACUAUUUAAUAAAUGAAAUGACGGAUACAA